AUGGUGAGACACCCUUACCUAAAGAAAGGAACGUGGACUGCUGGUGAAGACCAGAAGCUGACUGCUUAUAUCAUGAGAUAUGGCAUUUGGAACUGGAAUCAAAUGCCCAAAUUUGCUGGGUUGCAAAGAUCAGGGAAGAGCUGCAGACUUCGUUGGAUGAAUUACUUGAGACCCAAUAUAAGGCGAGGAAACUUCACCAGGGAAGAAGAAGAAACCAUAAUCCAGCUGCAAAAAAAGCUGGGGAAUCGAUGGUCAGCUAUAGCAGCAAGGCUUCCUCAAAGAACAGACAACGAUAUCAAAAACUACUGGAACACUUGCUUGAAGAGAAGAUCAGUAAUAUCAGCGAACAACAGCUCAGCAUCGGCAACCACAGAAACCAGUUCCAAUAUUGAGGAGAAUUCGUGUGACGCCGAGUCCUCGAACUUGCUGCUGAGUAUUCAUGCAAUGGACGAGUCCCCAGAACCAUUCGAUUACGGCGCUACUUUCUCUCUAUCAGGUUGCCACCGAACUGUGGAAGUUGACUACACUUAUAGCAUGAUCAGUGAACAUGUUGUUUCAUCUGAAAACUAUUGGGGAAUACAGAGUUUUGUGGAGCAGCCACUGAUGACAGAGGAUUUCGAUUGUGAAGCAUGGUGGCACAGUCACCAUCAACACUACUGUGAUUCUCUGGACGAUUUCUGGUUCAAUCCAUUAGUUUAG